AUGAUGUUCAUGUGGAUGGGAGCACAUGGAAGACGUCGAGGCAACUUGGCGAUCCUGCCUGGGUUGCAAUUAAGAGGAAGCUCCAGCCCCGAGGCACAAAUCGUCCGCCUAAAGACUGAGCCAGGCACGAGCACCAAACAAAGCCCUCGCCCUUCCUCGAGCUCCAAUGCCACCAGUGCUGCUGGGUCUUCGAAUAGACCCGUCCAGCCGCCCAAGGUUUGCGACAAGUGCCGACUAAGGAGAAUCAGAUGCGAUUACCAGUCACCUUGUCAACCUUGCAUAGACGCGAAGCUUCAAUGUACCAGGAACCACGUGCCGCGUAAGAGAGGGCCGAGACCCGGCCGUGGCCGUCUUAUCAACAGACUCAGAGAACGCGAGGCAGGAAAGAAGGAAGAACAACGUCCAAGCAGUUCUGGAGAUCCGGAGGUAAGCGACGGAGCCCGGUCAAAUAAUACCGACAUCUUCCCGCAAAACGCCUCCGUCUCAUCAACUUGGGCCUCCGACGUGAGCACAGCUCCCGAAACAACCGGCCUUUGGGCCAACGAACACAUAUUCCCAUCAAGAGGCGCAUUUCUCUACCUUAUACCCAAAUGUGUAGAACUCUUCUAUCAACACCUGUAUCCCGUGAUGCCUGUCCUGUACAUGCCCGAAAUACAACGAAUGGACCCACGAGUCUGCGAUCUCCCCGAAAAGAACCUCCUGUUUUCCCUUUCGGCUCUCACCUGUUUCCGCAUGUCGGGUCACAGCCUCGGUGCUGAAGACAGUCCCGAAUUCUGGGACCAGGCAGGUCGUUUCCUGCUCAACGAUUGCUUAGAUGUUAGGAAGCAAUAUGACUUGUAUGACAACAUUUCGUUGAGCACGGUUGUUUCGUCCAUGUUUCUGGCUUCUUCCUUCUUCGAGACUAACCAAAGCACAAAGGCGUGGGUCUACCUAAGAGAGGCCCUAACCUUUGCGCAGGAGCUGGGCUUGGAGGAUGAGUCGACUUAUGCAGGCUUAUCGCCCGAGGAGGCUCUAUGUCGGCAGAGGGUGUUCUGGCUGUUGUAUGUUAUGGAACGGUCAUUCGCAAUUCUACGCAACAAGCCGCUCAUGCUGCGCCGGACACCCAAACUUCCCAUGACUCUUCACGCUUACGAAUCCCGCGGCAUCCACACCGGUUUUCUCCAACUUCUCGGCAUCUACAUUCCCCUUCGUGACUCCAUCAUCGAAGCAUGGACCUAUGGUUCCAACUCCACCGUCGACGUCAAUACCUACCUCGCUCUGCAGAACCAACUUGCUCGGCCAGCCGGCAGUUCAGGCGGCUUGUCCAUCCCACACCCGUUUUUCCCUUCCUCUCCCAAUGCCGCCGUAUCCUCCAUACAGAUGCCAGUUUCCCAGUCUUGCGGCUUCUCCGACCUUUCGCUUUCAUCCUCAUCAAUUUCUUCUUCGCCUGAGGACCCUGUAGCUCCAGUGGUAGAACCGACACCGUCUCAAACCGCCGAGCUGUUAGUAACGCAGCAGUGGCUCAGAUUGAUUAUCUGGCUUUCCUCGCUGCGCCAGGGGUACCUGUCAUGGGCUGCGGAGAAUGAGAGCAUGCAUUUCGCACUUCCCUUGACUAUCGCUAGGCAAACUGGGUUGGUCUUGCGGUCUCUUAUGCAAAUCGGGGGCUUAGAGGCAACUGGUGUGGCAGCGCUAGAGGUCAACGGGAUGGGAAUUUUUGAAAAGAUCUUUGAAAUUGGUGCUUGGUGUAUGAACGUGCUGGAUUCGUACGACAAGGCCUCUUUGGAGGGGCAAUUUCUUACCUUGCCCAAUUUCGGUCGAAGACACAGCGCAGCCUCUGGAAAGAACAAGCAGGCUGCCAGGUCGGCAACCAGCUCCCCAGCCGAUCAGACCAUGGACUACGAGGACGACGAGGACGUCGAUCUGCUCGAUGUCUUUAUGAGGGCACUCAGCGCGACCCCGACGAGUAGGAAGCAAUUCGCCGAGCCCCUCUAUAUGUGGGCGACGACGAGACCCGGGGGCAUGCGGAUCGGGCCAAGCUCAGUGUUGCAUCUAAACACAGGUGGUGGUGCCGGCGCCUUUGGUAUGGCACAGGCACAGCCAGGUCUUACUGAGCAAAUACCGGGAAUGGGGCUGAGCCAAGGGUUAGACUUGGGUCAAGCGUCUGGGAUAGGCGCGGCGCAGGGACACGAUGCGAGUUCGAUGAUGCAUCAGCAGCAACAGCCUGGAAUAUGGAAUGCUGCUUCUGCAUAUGCUCAUGGCCAAGCACCGCUUCCGGGGUCGGCCACCAGUAGUGGAGCUGGACUCUCGUGUCCCGACGGACCCGGGCCUGGAGGUGGACAAGGACAGGGAAUGGAAGAUGUCGUCAUGGGAGAUCAAGCCUCUCAUCAAGGGCAAGGAUUUAACAUCGAUCCGAGGCUUGGUGCAGGUUCCAACGUGCCCAGAGGAUUGCAACAUGCGAGUUUCGGCCGCCAACCCCUUCGUCCCAAUGCACCACACCUGCCCAGUCCGCUUCCCGGUCAGUUCGGCGGACCACCUACGAGCUUGUACGACGUCCCUGGAUGGAGUCCCAUUGACCCUGGGGGCCUUACGAGAGCGAGGAGUCGCACAAUGGGCAUGGGGCAGCUGAGGGGGUUGAUGGCUAUGGUUCAAGGGGGCCCGGGCACACCGGGGUCUUCCGGGCCUAGUGUCUCUCAAGCAGGAAGUUGA